GCUAGUAAAAUGUUAGACGGGGUAGGUGAGGUGAGGCUGACCACUUCACCUGGGGCUGACUCGUUGCAGUGGUGACUGGAGUGCUCCAAUAAGCGGGAAAUGCUUGGCCUUGUUGAGUGCGCGUCCGGGUCCCCAGAAGGGGAAAAGCCCAGGCGCGCUGCAGCACCUCCAAAAAAGUGGAAAGGCCUGUCGCGACGGACGGAACCUUGACAAACAGAGACCGAGAGACUGAGUGACGCUGCCACACUUUCUUUGCUUUCUCCAAUCCACGCCCAAACGACGUCCACGUCCACUCCACCAAACGGAUUCCGAACCGACGUCCAAAACUCGCGAUCCGAUAACCACGGCUGGACCAUUGCAUCACUUACUCAAAACCGAGAUCGCGCCGAUCUUCCUCUUCGCAUUUCAACGAAUCGUUGCUUGGGUUUCCGCGCGCUCCCUGUUGUUGUUGAGGUAACCGCAACAGCCUUGGGAAGUGGGACGCUGUUGUUGACUUUCUAGAUUUUGGUUGACGACGACUACCCAACCACCAACGCCUCAUCCAUCCAUCCAACCAACCAACCCCGAAACCUCGACAUCAUAUCGUCAGCCUCACAUAAUCGCAAUCAUGUCAUUCUUCGGUACACCAAGCUCCAGCGCGGCCUCGGGCCAACCAGCAACAACUGCUACAUCCGGUGGUCUCUUCGGAGCCUCCUCCUUCGGCACCCCAGCAGCGAGCUCGACACAGCCAGCCGGUAGCUUGUUUGGCGCUAAGCCUACAGAUGCCUCGAAACCUGGAGGACUAUUCGGAGCCAAUACCACCUCGACUACACCUUCGCUUUUCGGCUCUGCUUCCAACACUGCCGGAGGAGGCAGCACGACGCCUGGCGCAGGCUUGUUUGGAAACACCACUGCCAACACAUCGACAACCCCCGCCGCUGGUGGCUCGAACUUGUUUGGUGGCGGGGCCAGCACCACACCCGCAACAGGAGCUCCUUCGGGAGGUCUGUUUGGAAACAAUGCUUCUACUACUCCGGCUACCGGUGGUCUCUUCGGAGCUGGCGCCAACUCUCAGACGACGCCGGCUAAGACCUCGUUUGGACUAGGAUCGACUACCCCAGCCGGUGCACCACCUGCUGCUGACGCUUCCAAGGCCGCGCCCUCUCUCUUUGGUGCUACCCAGCCUGCCUCUGGCAACCUCUUUGGAGGAGGAGGAGCCUCGAGUACCCCGACCACAACCCCUGCCCCCACCUCGGGAACAACACCAUCUCUGUUCGGAGCGAAGCCAGCCGAGACCACCACCUCUGGCACCACUUCUGGUCUCUUUGGCGCCAAGCCAGCCGAGCCUGCGUCCAGCACAACUCCCGCGACGACAGCCACUUCCGGAUCUACUCUCUUUGGCGCGAAGCCUGCGACCAGCGGUGGCAGCCUGUUUGGCGGAGCCUCGACAACCCCGGCUACGACAUCGACCACGACCACCACAGCACCAGCAACUUCCGGCCUCUUUGGUGCCAACACAAGCAAGCCGGCCGAAGCCGCAAAGCCAGCUACGGGUGGUCUGUUCGGCGCCACUCCUGCUACCUCAGCUCCUGCCACCUCUACCACCACUGCUGCUUCCGGCAGUCUGUUCGGCGCCAACAAGGAUGCUACCACUACCUCUACUGCCCCAGCAUCAGGAGGCUUGUUUGGAUCGACUACGCCUUCGACGACCACAACCACGGCGCCUGCUCCUUCGUCUUCGACCACAACUAGCGGCCUCUUCGGUGCGGCCACCACCAAGCCCGCCACUACCACAGCGGCCACCACCACUGCCGGUGGGAGCACCACCGCCACUGCUGGAACCACCAGCAGUCUCUUUGGAGGAGGAGCCAAGCCUGCGGACACCACCACCUCCAAAACCACCACCAACAACACCACUACUGCCGCCGGCACCACCAGCACCACCGGCAACCUCGCCUCCACGACCACCGGCCCCACUUCUACUCUCCCGCGGUUGAAGAACAAGACCAUGGAUGAAAUCAUCACCCGCUGGGCCACCGAUCUCUCCAAGUACCAGAAGGAAUUCAAGUCGCAAGCCGCCAAGGUGGCCGAAUGGGACCGCCUCCUGGUCGAAAACGGCGAGAAGAUCCAGAAGCUGUACACCAGCACGUACGAGGCCGAAAAGGCCAGCAACGAGAUCGAGCGCCAGCUCUCGGGCGUCGAGUCGCAGCAGGACGAGCUGACCGCGUGGCUGGACCAGUACGAGGCACAGCUGGAGGAGUUGUUCAAGAAGCAGCAGCUUGGAUCCGGCGGCGAGUCAAAGGCUGCUGGCGGUGUUGGCGACGGCUUGGGCCCCGAUCAGGAGCGCGAGAGGACGUAUAAGCUUGCCGAGAAGCUGACGGAUAGGCUGGAUGAGAUGGGCAAGGAUUUGGCCAAGAUGAUCAAGGAGAUAAAUGAUAUGACGGGCACGUUGAGCAAGGGGAGCAAGCCUGAUGAUCCGCUCAGCCAAAUCGUCCGUGUCCUCAACGGUCACCUUCACCAGCUUCAGUGGAUCGACCAAAACGCCGCCGACCUCCAAGCCAAGGUGGCCGCUGCCCAAAAGGCUACCAGCGGCAUGGGUGCCCACCAAGGCGUCAACGAGUCGGAUGCCGCUCAGAGCUUUUACCGCUCGUACAGGGCCGGUGGUGUGAACAGGUGAAGGGAAAGGGAAGGGAAGGGAAGGGAAAUAAAUGGGCUUUGAUGAUGCUGUAUUGUAGGAAGCUAAAGUAAAGUGAAGUAUGAGUGAAAGAGAAAGAGAAAGAGGCUGAAGAAUCGGAUGGCGGCGAACUUGUCUGUGUGUGUGUGUGUGUGUUCAGUUUUGAGUACCCUACCUACCCUAGUUUGUUGGUUUGUUGGUUUGUUGGUUUGUUUUGUUAGUCUGUGAAAGACCAUCAUGGUAUGAUUUGAAACGUCUUGUAUAUGUAUCGUGGCUGUGGAUGGGGGGGGAUCGAUGAUGUUAAUUUACGUAGCUGAGAUCUGUCUGUCUGUCUGGCUUUGGGAUGGGUUAGG